CAGGAGCUCAGCCAUGUCUGCCAGCACCAGGACCUCCAGCUCCCGUGCUCAGCCCCAGGAGUUCCCUGGGAACUGCACCCUGGAGAAGGCUCUGAAGGCCAUCGUGGAUGUCUACCACCGCUACAGCAUCCGGGAGGGGGAGGUCGACCUCCUCAGCUUCAGUGACUUCCAGAAGCUGCUGACAGAGCAGGCACCAACCUUCCUGCAGGCCUGUGGCAGGAACAAGUCUGACUACCUGGCCAAGCUCUUCCAGGAGACAGACCUGAACAAGGACAAGGAGCUGUCCUUUGAGGAGUUCCUGACUGUCCUGGGCAAGGUGACCGACGACGCUCACCGCAUCAUGCACGGCGACGAGCGCUGCACGCCGGACAGGGACUGA